AUGCGCGCGGGCGAGCGGGGCCUGCCGACGACGUACGAGCCCGAGACGCUCGCGGCGUACUUCGGCGAGCGGCCCGGCGCCGUCGCGAGGCGCCUCUUCCAGGUCUUCGGCACGUCCUUCGGGUACCUGAGCGCCGUGGCCUGGGACGCGGCGCGGGGGAAGCUCGAGGAGAGCGAGGUGAGGCGCGCGGCGGCGCUCCGGAACACGAUCGUGAGCCUCGGCCCCUUCUUCAUCAAGCUGGGCCAGGCCCUCAGCAUCCGGCCGGACAUCCUGAGCCCGCGGGCCAUGGUCGAGCUCCAGCAGCUCUGCGACAAGGUGCCGAGCUUCCCGAGCGACCUCGCGUUCGCGACGAUCUGCGAGGAGCUCGGCGUCGACGAAGUCUCGGACGUCUUCAGCGAGAUCACGCCCGAGCCCGUCGCCGCGGCGUCCCUGGGCCAGGUCUACCGCGCCACGCUCAAGGACUCGGGCGAUAUCGUCGCCGUGAAGGUGCAGCGGCCCUUCGUUUUGGAGACGGUGAGCCUCGACCUGCACCUGGCGCGCGAGCUCGGGAAGCUCGUCCGGAAGUUGCCGGACUUCGUCACGGAGCGCAUCGACGUCGUCGACCUCAUCGACGAGUUCGCCUGCCGCUUCUACGGGGAGUUGGACUACGUCGUGGAGUGCGAGAACGGCAUCCGCGUCCGCGAGGAGAUGAAGAACCUGCCGCGCGUGUUGAUACCGAAAAACUACCCGCGGUGGACGACGCGCCGCGUGCACGUCGCCGAGUGGGUCGAGGGCGAGAAGCUGAGCCAGUCGACGGCCGACGACGUCGCCGACCUCGUGAACCUGGGCGUCGUGACGUACCUGACGCAGCUAUUGGACAGCGGCUUCUUCCACGCGGACCCGCACCCCGGCAACAUGCUCCGCGCGCCCGACGGCCGCCUGGUGAUCCUGGACUUUGGGCUCAUGACGGAGAUCACGGACGACCAGAAGUACGGCAUGAUCGAGGCCAUCGCGCACCUGAUCCACCGCGACUACGACCGCAUCGGCGACGACUUCGUGCAGCUGGGCUUCAUCCCGCCGGGCACGGACGUCAAGCCCAUCGUCCCGGCGCUCGCGCGCGUCUUCGACGCGGCGCUCGCCGGCGGCGGCGCCAAGGGCAUCAACUUCAACGACCUCUCCGCGGACCUCGCGGAGAUCACGUUCUCGUUCCCGUUCCGCAUCCCGCCCUACUUCGCUUUGGUGAUCCGCGCGAUCGGCGUGCUCGAGGGCAUCGCCCUCGUGGGGAACCCGGGCUUCGCCAUCGUCGACGAGGCCUACCCCUACAUCUCGCGGCGCCUGCUGACGGACCAGAGCCCGCGGUGA